AUGGAAGAGGAGGAUGCGUCCAGAUUCAUUCCGAGCCCCAAAAAUACCCAAAAGGCAAAAACCAAACAAGAUGCCUUGAAAACAGGGACAUGGGUGGCCAUUUCCAUUUCCAUGCCCUUCUUCUUCUCCUCGCUUCUUCUAUUUUUGGCUUUGCCCUCCUCUCUCUUCUCUAGUAUAACACUUUUAGCUUUUGGUUUGGCCCUCCCAAGCCUCGGCCAUCUUGUUCUUCUCUCGGGCAAAUAA